AUGCUCUUCUCCAAGGUCUUCAGCCUCGCCGCCACUCUGGCCACCGCAUCGGCUCUGCCCUUUGCGCCUGCUGAGCGCUCCACUGGCGGCACCGUCUCUAUCGUCAACAACGUCGGCCAGGACGUCUAUCUUUGGUCCGUCUCUGCCGCCUCUGCCCCCAUGGAGGUCCUCCCCGUCGGUGCGACCUACCGCGAGUCCUGGCAAACCAACCCCAAUGGCGGCGGUAUCUCCAUCAAGCUCGGCUGCUCCGAGGACGGCGCUAGCGUCCUGCAGUUCGAGUACACAAAGGCCGGCGAGCUCCUCUUCUGGGACAUGUCCAGCAUCGACCUGAACCCCGACUCGCCCCUCAUCACCGCUGGCUUCAAGGUCACCAUUGACGAUGAGACGUGCGACACUGUCACCUGUGCCCCCGGCGACGUGAACUGCUCCGAGUCGUACCAGUUCCCUGACGACCACAACACCCGUGCCUGCCUUGCCAGUGCUUCUUGGACUCUCACUCUGGGUUAA